CAGGAACACAGAGAGGGAAGGCAACAACACACACAUCUGGAAAUGAUUGUGGAGGGAGAGAGAGCGAGCGGGAUGCAGUUCUGGUGACAAAAGGGAACAAACAGUAGAGGAAAAGCUUCCAUACGGGAAAUAACAUUCAAUCAAUCUAAAGUUCAGAAUCGUAGAAGAGGACAAACUAAUUGGGGAAAGCGGGGAGACACACCAGUGAAGAACGCAAGAGGAAGAGAAGAAAAAGGAAAGGUUGGUUCUGGCUGGUUCAAUAGCCGAGGCAAAGGAGAUCUGAAAAGGAAAACUGAAAGGAGUUACUGGGAGAAGCGUGACAAAGACAAGAUUUGGAAGAAUUGAAAUUCACCUUCAGGAUGUCAGUGUCUCGGAGGUGUUUGUGCUGCGUCAAAUAUCUGAUGUUUGUCUUUAACCUCAUCUUCUGGCUAGGAGGAUGCGGCUUAUUUGGCAUCGGGGUCUGGUUGUCCUUCACGCAGGCCGAGUUUUCCUCCCUCCCCCUGUCCUUUCCAUCGCUCUCAGCCGCCAAUCUGCUGCUGGUCGCUGGUGGCAUCACCAUGGUGACAGGCUUCCUGGGCUGUCUGGGAGCUCUCAAAGAGCAGCGCUGCCUGCUGUUCAUGUUCUUUGUGAUCCUGCUGCUCCUGGUCCUGACAGAAGUCACUCUCAUUUUGGUGAUACAGAUCUUCCAUGACAAGCUGGAUUCCAAAGCACAAGGUGAAUUAAAGGAAGGGAUGAAGAUUUAUGAAUCAGAACCUGGACUGAAACAAUCCUGGGACAAUGUCCAGAAAAUGUUCAAAUGCUGUGGAGUAACUAACAAAACGGACUGGUAUGAUGUGCUGAAUGGAACGCUGCCCUCAUCCUGCUGCUCUGUGGGGACAGAGCAGUGCGUGGACGGAUGGAGUGAGCCGUGCUAUCAGAAGGCCAGGCAGUGGCUGCUGGACAACAUCCCCUCAGUGCUGGUGUUUGGAGGGUGUAUUGGUGUUGUGCAGAUCUUGGCCCUGGUGUUCUCCAUGCUGAUGUAUUGUCAGAUUCUGUGCGCGGAGAAGCACGUGGACUGACUGCAGACCAGCUGGCCCCUGGCUCCCAUGGGAGGGCUGAUAACAGACUCCUCUGGGAUCCCAACACACCCCCACCCAGACUGGUGCUCCAAACACUACAGUAACACUAUGGAACUCAAAACUAUCAACGGGCACGGUGGACAGUACACUAGUACCAGACCAUAUAGAUGUGAUAUAAUGACCGUCAUCACAGUUUAACACGCUUUAUGUCACAUCAGUAAGGUUCAUGUUACCACUAGACUCCAUCAGCCUCCAAACUACAACACCCUUAAUGCAUUGCUCCUGGAGAGUAACCUGAGGGGAAAGCUUUUUAUGUAGCACUUAGUUCACUUUGUUAACCAUCAUAAAGCCUUGUACAUUCUUCCUAUCCUAUGUGCUCAUUAUUAACCAUGCAGUGAAUGUUCAGUGGCUUUACAGUGCUCUCCUUUUUCUCUAUUCAUCACAGCAGUAUUUUCAAAAAUAUUCCUAUGGUAAUGCUUAUUCUUUAUUGUCUAAUUUAGCACACAAGUUUAUCCAACGCUGUCUCUUUUUAUACUGUAACAUUUUGUGUUAUAGCAAAAACAGUAAGAUCAUAUUGCACUAGUAUAGUAUUAUUGAGACUGAGGCGGCUUUUAGUGCAUGCUUGGAUUUCAGAGUCAAGUCCGAAGCUUAUUUCUCUCUGUUAAAUAAAACUGUUUAAAAAAAUAACA